AUGAACACUCACAUCCACAGAGGUCUCAUCCUCUUCCUCGUGUUGAGUGUCUUGUCCGUUGCUGUCGUCUUGCUCUCCACCUCCACUGAAGCUCGUCGUUUUCGAGGUGGUUUCAUUAAACGAGCAAUCGCAGCCGUAAGACAUCAUGCUCAACCUGUACAUCAUCCACACGUUCAUCAUGUUCCUAAACAUCAUCGCCAUAUUCGAGCCAUUGUGGAUGGAAUUGUUAAAUUGGGACGUCGUAAACAUGGAAGAAGAAGAGUUGUUGAUGAACUUCCACCUAAAGAACAAGUUCCUGUUCCAGCGACAACCAUGAAGAAAUGUCAAUCCAUUGGUGAUCCUCAUUACACUGAUUUCAAAGGACAAUAUUAUGAUUUCUAUGGAGUGGGUGACUACAUUUUGGCUUCUUCCAUGGAUGGAGAUUUUGUGGUUCACUCUCGAACUGGAAGAUGGGGAAGUGUCAGUGUCAACACUGCUUUCGCUGUCAAAGUCAAUAAUAGAAAUACCAUCGAGUACGAUAUUGAGAGUAAUACUUUUUAUGUGAAUGGUCAACCAGCUGAAGUUAAACAAGGUGAAGAAUUCACAUUUGGUUCAGGAGCUGUCGCUAAGAGAACUUCUGACAACUCAAUGACUGUCUCUGCUAAGAAUGGUGCUCAUUUGAUUGCCACUUGGUACAGAAAUCCAUCAUGGAAGUCUUCGUUAGGAUCUUUCGGUCACAUUUCAUUGGUUGUUGAAGCUCCUUCGAAUUUGGAAUUCGAUGCAGGUUUGUGUGUCGAUAAGAGUUACAUGAAGCAAACUGCUACUGGAAUUUUACACAAUCACAUCGAAAGAAAGAUUGAACGUUCUCAUAAACCAAAGAAACCAACCAGAGAAGAAGUUAAAGCUGCCAUGAAAGUCUGUCAUAAGGCUGGAUUGAAGGGUAAGAAACAUCCAUUGGCUCUGAGAGCUUGUGUCUCUGAUCAAGUUCAAACUGGAUCCAAAGUUGGUAAAUCCAUUGCAAAGGUCAUUAAACAAGUCGAGAAGGUUGCUGACAAGAAGAAGAAGAAAUGGGCUCGUCAAGUCGAUAAGAAAAAUGAACAAAAGGGUAUUCCAGUGGUGAAGCCAAAGAGAUCAUUCGCUCUUCAAAAGUGUCAAUCCAUUGGUGAUCCUCAUUACACUGAUUUCAAAGGACAAUAUUAUGAUUUCUAUGGAGUGGGUGACUACAUUUUGGCUUCUUCCAUGGAUGGAGAUUUUGUGGUUCACUCUCGAACUGGAAGAUGGGGAAGUGUCAGUGUCAACACUGCUUUCGCUGUCAAGGUCAAUAAUCUCAACACCAUUGAAUACAAUAUCGAGACCAACAGUUUCUAUGUGAAUGGCAAGAAGAGUGAAGUUCCAAUCGGAGAAGAUGUCACUUUGGGUGACAAUGCUGUUGCUAAGAGAACUUCUGAAAACUCCAUGAGAGUCUCUGCUAAGAAUGGUGCUCAUUUGAUUGCCACUUGGUACAGAAAUCCAUCAUGGAAGUCUUCGUUAGGAUCUUUCGGUCACAUUUCAUUGGUUGUUGAAGCUCCUCGUGAUGUUCUUUUCAAUGCUGGUUUGUGUGUCGAUAAGAGUUACAUGAAAGAAAGUGCUACUGGUUUGUUGCAUGAUCAUAUCGAAAGAAAGAUUGAACGUUCACAAAAGCCAAAGAAGCCAACCAAGAAACAAGUUCGAAAGGCACUCAAGGUUUGCUACAAGGCUGGAUUGAAGGGUAAGAAACAUCCAUUGGCUCUGAGAGCUUGUGUCUCUGAUCAAGUUCAAACUGGAUCCAAAGUUGGUAAAUCCAUUGCAAAGGUCAUUAAACAAGUGGAGAGAGCUUUCGAUCGAAAGGUGAAGAAGUGGGCUCGUAAGGCCAAGAAGGCUCAACAACGAAGAAAGGAGAAACGUCAAGCUCGUAAGGCUGCUCGUAAACAAAAACGUCAACAACGUCGUGCUGCCAGACGUCAAGCUCGUAAGGCUGCUCGUAAGCAAAAACGCCAAGCUCGUAAGCAACGUCGUUCUUCCUCCUCCAAGAGAAGAUCUCAAAGAAGACAAAGACCAAGUCGUUCAAGAAACAGCAGAGCCAAGAAGAGAGCUCAACGAAGAGCCCGUCGUAUCCAACGAAGAGCUGCUCGUGAAGCUGCCCGUAAAGCUCGUCGUGCUGCCAAGAGAAGAGCUAGACGUGCCCGUCGUGCUGCCAGACGUCAAGCUCGUCGUGCUGCUCGUAAACAACGUCAAUUACGCAAGCAAAGACGUACUGCUCGUAAACAAAGAAGUCAAAAGAGAAGAACUGCUACUCGUAAACAAAGAAAUCAAAAGAGAAGAGUUUCCCGAAAGCAACGUCAAGCUCGUAAACAAAAACGACAAGCCCGAAAGGCUGCUCGUAAACAAAAGCGUUUGUUGAAGAAGUUAGCUAAGAAGGCAAAGAGAAUUGCUCGUCGUAAUCGCAAGUUAGCUAAGAAGGCCAAGAAGAUGGCUCGAAAGGUCGCUCGUCGUGCUGCUCGUCGUGCUCGUCGUAACAUUCAAAGAAGAAAGAGAGCUUUGAUUAAGAAGCUUCGUCGAAAACUUGCUAGCAGAAAGUUGAAGAAAGCUGCUCGUAAGGCUGCUCGUCGUGCUCGUAAACUUGCUCGUAAGGCCAGAAAGUUGUUCAAACGUGCCUUGAAGAAGGGAACUCGUAGAGCCAUUGCUAAAGCCAAGUGUUCAAGAAGAGUCGCCAGAAAGGCCCGUCGCUUAGCAAGAAAACUCUCCAAAAAGCUUGCAAAGAGACAACGAAAGGUCAAGAAGCAAAUCAAGAAGAUUAAGAAAGCUGCUAAGAAGGCUAUGAAGAAGGCAGUCAAGAAGGUUGCAAAGACUGCCAAGAAGAGAUAUUUGAGAAGAAUUGCUUUCAGAAGAAAGAUGAACAAGCAAGUCGCUCGUGCUGCCUCCACUGUGGUUCAACGAAGAACUGUGAGAAAGAUUAAGCAAUUGUUGAGAAAGGCUGCUGCCAUUCGUAAAAGAUUUGGAAAUAAGUUCAAUCCAAGAAAACACUUGCCAAAGAAACUCUUGUUGUUGAUUAAGAAGUUGAAGCUCUCAUUGAAGUGUGCAGUGAGAAGAAAGAAGGGACCUAAGGUCACCACACUCGGUAAGAAAUUGGUCAAGAACUUGAUCCGUGUUGCUAGAUGUAGCAGAAAAUAA